GGAGUACUUCCUCUUUCGAUGAGGUAUAUAUUUUAUUUUUUCGAACUUUAUAGAAUGAAAAAUAAGCGGAAUUACAUGUUGUAGAAGUUAGUAAAAUUUGUAAAUUAAUUCAACCACUGGCACGAUUUAUGUUUAGUAUUUCAUAUACAUUUUAAUAUAUAUUUUUAUAUACAUUCAAAUAAACAUUUUGCAUUAUUAUCUUUAAAAUGAUCUAAAUUGUAAAAGAAGUCUGCUUUACUUGUAAACAUUCGUUUAAGUAUCAAACAAUUAUGGAAUUAAAGAUUAGUAAAAUUUUUAUAAGAACUGGGAAUCAAUCUAAUGUUAGUAUUAUUCAGUUGUUAAACAAAAAAUGUUCUACUCGAUCAUUAUGCAAUGUUACAAAUAUCCCAAAAUCAUAUAAAAACAAGGUUAAACCUAACCUGUUUGGAAAAGAAAAGUUUAAAAAUGUUAAAAACUUGGCGAGUAAUAUUAGUGUUUCUGGAUAUCUUUUAUUGAGUAUACCAAUUGCUACAUUUAUACUUGGUACAUGGCAAGUCCAAAGACGUAAAUGGAAAUUAGAUUUAAUAGAAAAGUUAAAUAAUCGUAUCUGUCAGAAGCCCAUUGAAUUACCAGAAUCUUUAGGAGAGUUGGAAUCAAUGGAAUAUUAUCCCAUUAAAGUAAAAGGAACAUUUCUAUAUGAAAAAGAAUUUAUUGUAGGAUUUAGAAGUUUGUUAGUAGAUGGGAAAUCUUCAAAUGAUACUACAUUCAUGAAAAAUGCAGGAAAUCAAAUAGGGUACCAUAUUAUUACACCCUUUAAAUUAGCUGAUAGAGAUUUGACAAUCUUGGUAAAUCGUGGCUGGAUUCCAAAGUCAUAUAAAAAUAUAGUGAGAAAGCAAAAAAGUGACGCAGAUGAUGAAAUAGAAAUUACAGGAAUUUUAAGAUUAAAUGAAACAAGACCACAAUUUGUUCCAAAAAAUUCUCCACAAAGUGAUGUGUGGCAUUACAGAGAUUUGAAUGAAAUGGCUAAAAUAGCUGAUGCAGAUCCUGUAUAUAUUGAAAUGAUAUACAAUAUGAAUGCACCAGAAUAUCCAGUAGGUGGUCAAACACAAGUACAAUUAAGAAAUGAACAUACAAGUUAUAUUAUUACAUGGUAUUCUCUUUCUAUAAUCACUGCUUAUAUGUGGUAUAAGAAAUUCAUUAAAAAUCGAAUUGUACUUUAAAACAAAAAGAAGUUAGUACCAUGCAAAAAAUAUAAAAAAGUAUUGAAAAAGAAAAUUUUUAAAUAGAACUAUAUUCAAGUAGGAUAACUAUAUAAGAACUAUUUAAGUAACAUUGAUAUGAUUUGUAUACUGUAUACAUGUAUAUAAAAAUUAUUUAUUAUUA